CCCACACCCCCCCCCCCCCCUUCAUCUCUAGAGUCUAGAGCUGCUCCUCUCGCUUUCUCUAACUUUCGGGAGCUGAUAUCCACAAAAGCGAGGUAAACCCUUUCUAGUUUGGAUAGAGAAUCAUUGGCUUUUUUCCCUUUUCUGCGGGAGAGAGUUUGAGUUUCGAAAGCGGGAACGUGCUCGAGCUCUGAAUCAUCCUCUGUUUGAGCUCCUUUGUAAGAUAAGAUAAGGGGAGAAUGGCGGUGGCGUCCAGGGGAAGAGCAGAGCUUGUGAAGCAAUGGAAGGAUCGCGAGACGAGUCCAGAGAGAACCAAGGUAUGGACGGAGCCGAAGUCGAGGAGUUCUCCGAGGAAGGUGCCGGUGGUCUACUAUCUCUCGAGGAACGGCCAGUUGGAGCACCCGCAUUUCAUGGAGGUCUCCCUCUCCUCCAGCGAUGGCCUCUAUCUCAAAGAUGUGAUCGAUCGUCUCAAUUUUCUCCGAGGCAAGGGAAUGGCCAGCAUGUACUCUUGGUCUUCCAAACGGAGCUACAAGAACGGAUUCGUAUGGCACGAUCUCUCCGAAGACGAUUUCAUCUAUCCGACUCACGGCCACGAGUACGUCCUGAAGGGAUCGGAGCUUCUCCUCCCGGCGGACUCCUCUCCGACAUCUCAAGACACCGCUGCCUCCUCCUCCUCCAACUCCGAGAAGCCUCUCGCGAUCCCCAAAUCCGUCCACGAUGACUCCGACUACUCUCUCGUCAGGAGAAACAAGACGCCGUGGAGCUCUCUGGAUCUCAACGAGUACAAGGUCUACAAGACUGAGCUCACCGCUGAGACUGCCCUCAAGGCCGCCGACGCGGCCACCCAGACCGACGAGAAGCGGCAGAGGCGGCGCGGUGUCGUCGUCCGGGACGAGGUCCCGCGGGCCGCGGAGGAGAACCCGACGACGGAGCUCGGGAGGGACGAGAUCUCGCCGCCGCCGUCCUCAUCCAGCCCGGAGACCCUCGAGACGCUGAUCAAGGCCGACGGGCGGGUCGUCCCCGUGGCGCCCAGCGAUGCGGACCGGACGGUGGAUAGCUACCCGAGCGGGAAGCUCCGGGCCUCUGCGGUCUUGAUGCACCUUAUCUCCUGCGGCUCCAUUCCGAUGAAGGAGCACGGGUUCUCCUCCCUGGUAUCGCACUACCGGGGAAGGCUGCCGCGUGGACGGUCCGACAUGAGCGCGAGGGUUGAGAUGGACGGCUUGAUCGAAAACCCUAGUUUCCCCGCUAUUCGGAUGGAGGACAAGGAGUAUUUUAGCGGCAGCUUGAUCGAGACGAAAAAGAAGGAAAGCGACGGUGUCGCAGAAUUUCCUGGCUUGAAGCGAUCCUCUUCUUACAACGCCGAUAGAGGUUCCUCUCUGCUGGUGGAGCGGCGGGCUGUUCGUUCUCAGUACGUGGCAAGCAAAGAAGCAGGCGACGGCGUCCAAAGAGCGAUAGACCAACGUAUUGUGGGACCUACCGUCCUGCUGAGUUGCUCUGCCGUCUCACAUGCUCUCUCCAUGAGCUCGAAAUUGGAGCUGGCCGAGAAGGAGAUCGAGGGCGUCCGGGCCAAGUGCAUCCCCAGGAAGCCCCGGGCGACGGCGAGGAAGGAAACCAUCCCACCCAUCUCGGGCAGUAACCACGGCAGCAGGAGGAUCAACGACGAACCCCCUCCAAAAUAGGAGAGAGCGGACUGAUGAUGGAAGAAAUGCAGAAUGAAUUAAAAAGGAGGUGGCUUCCGAGACCAAGGAGCAUUAAUUGGUGGAAUGUGAAUGCUUGCCUUUGCCUUGCCUUGCCUUGCCUUGCUUAUUACGGCACGGAGUUGUGUCUACCAUGGAGAUAGAUGUGUUUUGGUUCCCCAUAACCUUACUUUAGUGUGUAUAGGAACGAGAACUGAGCUUCCUUCUGACGAUGCUUUGUGAAACUAAAACCUUGUUACCUUUUGCUCCCAUCUCCUCCGCAGUUUUUUUCAACUGUUUACGGUUGUCUUUUUCCUCUGUGGGCCUUUUUAGCUCUAGGGUUUGGUUCUACUGUGUUCCCCUUCACGGACUCGAAUUACCUCUUUCAGAGCCAAAGAAUUUUGUCCUCACAUAUUUGCUGGCAUUAUACCUACUAAAGUACUAGCUACUUGAUCUAAAA